AUGUCUCCCUUCUUGGACAGCAUCUCCACCAUCAUCAGCGUCUUCCACAAGCAGGUGAAAGAAGAUGGAGACUGCUCCAGCCUCACUCGAAGGAAGAUGAAGGAGUUCAUCGAGAGGGAGUUUGCAGAUGCCAUAGCUAAGCCACACGACCCUCAGACGAUUGACAAGAUUCUGCACUUUCUGGAGUGGGAUGGUGAUGGAGAAAUAGAUUUCAAUGAGUUCCUGCUUCUGGCCUUCAGAGUGGCCAAGGCCUGCUACUGGUAUCUGCCGAAGGAACCGUACCUUCUGCAAAGAACAAAGCUGACAACCAGCAGCAAGUCACUCCGAGAGCCUGAAGUUAAGACCAGAGGAAGCCGUCAGCAACUCCAGGAGGAGGAACAACAAACCUGUGAGAGGAACCAUCAUCCCCAGUGUGAACCCGACCUGCAACGAGACGCCAGGGUCCGAGAGCUUGAACGUCUCGAGGGAACGAGGAACCAGCAACGUCACACGCAGAGCAGAAAGGACGCCACCCGAAGCAGCGAGCCGGGGGAACCCAUCCCUCAGGAAUACGGAGAACGAAGCCAAGAGCUGGGCGACCAACGGGCCAGCCAGAGAAGACGUCAACCACCGGAGCCAGGCAGAAGAGAUGGACAAGGCCAGGAGCCCAGGCUGCGGGAAGAGCAGAGGCAACAUCAAGAACAACUGGCAGACGUGAGGAGUCGCAGCCAGACCUGUGAAGCUCAACCACUGCCAAACCGGUGGAGUGGCCGUCGACCACGUGAACCAGCCCAUGAUCAAAGAACCCAGCAACCACAAGAAGCAGAUAGAGGAAGUUACGAUCAGCCACGCAGACCUGAACUACUCAGAGAAGAGAGAAGCCGCCGCCACCGACAUGAGUUGGAACAAAAAGCACUUGAAGAGAGCAGCCACCAGCCACGAGAACCUGAAUGCCUGGAUGCCAGACGCCCACAUCAGUCACACCUCCAGGAACCGCUAGAAAUUGACCUCAGGUACGAUGAGACCUGGGAGCUAGAGACAGAGAUUGGUGAAGAAGGGAAGAGCAGGAAACGUGACAUUGAAAACCUAGAGAGAGAAAUAGAUGAGGAUCAGCAGUGGGAUGAAACAGAUGAUGUGAGAAGGAGAGAGCCCAUGCAGGAGAGGAGGAUCAAUCGCCAGCGUGAGCUGGACCUGCAGGUCUCUGAGCGACGCAGCCGCCAGACACGAGAGAGAGAAGAGAGAGGGGCCACCACUGACCACAGAGAGACACGUGACACUGAAGUUGACAGAAGGAGACAACGGGAGUCA